CCUCGAAGCAUGAUGAAACCUAAAUGCUAAUUAUAGGCCCAGACACUGGACAGGCCAUCUUGAGUCAAUGAUGAUGAAACAUCAGCGCACCCACCGUGUCUGUUCGGUGUGAAACUCGGAAGUAAUAUUUAGAAGAGGUACAAGUACGGCAAAGUUCAGAGGAAGUUCCUCGUGAUUAGCAUAUAAUUUGGAAGCCAGAGCGAUCAGCAUUCAAGUUACGUUUUCUGUCGCCUGUAGACUCUGCAAAUGUUACUAAUGGGCCCAUCUCCUUCACUUGAUGACAAGGACAUUAAUAUUGCCAGCUUGUGCAAGGUUUGUGCCCACGUAUCUGCGAAAGAAUACGAAACACGGAGUGACGAGCAAUCAGCCGAAUGUUAGUGACACUAUUUAAUACUGGGUUGGUUAAUCCUUGGACCCCACCUACUCUUUCAGUGACAGAGGAGAUCCAAGCUUUGGACCUAGACCUCCUGGUAGCCCCAACAAUCAAAUACAUCUGCGUCGCUGCUUUAACGCUCUUUACCUGGGACCUGAUCCUAACUUUUCCUCACGAGGUUAGACUAUGGAACGCCAAAUGGACGCUUGCAAAAGUUCUAUUUUUCGUGAAUCGAUACUUUGCACUUGGGACAGCUAUUCUAAUAACAUUUUUGACGUUCGAUGUUACACCCACAUGGGCUAUGUGUUCUGUAAACACUGUCUUUGCUGUCAUUGCUUUGUUACUAGUGGCCAAUAUCGAAAUGAUUCUCCAACUUCGAUUAUACGCGCUGUACGCCUAUGACAAGAGAAUCGUCCUCCCUGUGUCGACAUUGUUCGUCGCGGUCUUCAGUGGCAUGAUGGUGAUGGCAGUGAACAUAUACCAGUAUGAACAGAACCACAAAGCUCAGAUCUUUGGCGUAUGUGCCAUAGUUGAGUCCGUGGAUUGGCUGUAUCUUUUCUGGGUGCCAAUGAUGGGUUUAGACUUUGUUCUUGUCCUGUUAGCAGGCUACAAAUCUCUUCAGCAUUAUUUCCAGGUACCUGACAAGACUUGGUCUGGUGCACGUCUUAUGCGUACCUUCGCGCGAGACUCGAUUCUUUAUUUUCUCUGUAACUUUUUGAUAUACCUGUUCAGCACCUUGCUGGGCAAAUUCGGCCCUGCUGAGUAUUACCAACUUGGCGCGAUCACGGUCGCAAUUGUCCCACCUAUAACGGCGAACCGUCUCCUCAUCAACAUGCACGAUUCGACACACGCAGAGCAAGAGAGAGGUACAAUGAGGUCUGUCGUUCGCAUCCAUCCUUGACCAAUGUAUUUGGCAUGAGGUCAGAGUACACCAAGAGGACAUAGAGAGCUCGCAUCCAUAAGUAUAGAGGAUACUAUGAUAGAUAAACAGGAGUAAGCCUCCUGUGUGCUCGACCAAGUGUCGAUGUCAAUUCAAUUAGAC